AUGUCGUCAUCACCGUUCGGCGUGGAAAGUGAAAUUCGUUCCAAUCAAGAAAUUCAUUUCUGGAAAUCUUUUGAUCUAGAUCGAUGGUAUCCUUUGGUCAUGACAUCUCCCCUUGAUAAUAUCGAUGAAAGUAACAACAAAACAAACGCUCUAUUAACAUUUCCGACACAUUUCAUUCUUCUCUCCUUAGAGCAAAUUUGCCUUCUUUAUAAAUUAAUGCAAGACCAAGCCCGAAUGAAAGAAUACAAGCGAAGAAUUAGCACACAAUCGGGAGCAACUUCAUUCAAUGAUUUGCAAGAUUUAUUUCAAGAUUCCGAACCUGUGAUUCGGUAUAUUAUUGAAGAAAUAGAGAAAUAUUUUUAUGCCGGUGAUGAGUUAUCGCAACCACUGCAUGACGACCAAAAUUUACCGAAUAAUAAUUUGAACAAAUCAUCAAAAAAGAAACCUCCUCGAAAAGCAGUAUUUUUAAGAUUGAGUGGAAACUCACCUAAAGAUAGUGCGGAACAUCGAAAGAUGAAACGAAAUCAAGAGCAUUUAUAUCAAAAACUGGUGAAACAUCAUGCAUUGAUUGAGGAAUACAUGGUACUCCAAAACGAGUAUCGAAAAUAUUCGAAAGAUCGUGUUCGUGACAUUCCUGCUCGCUUUUUUAAUAUUCAAAACGAAUUGUUUAAAAUUUUACGAGAAGAAUUUUCACAAUUAUUGAAAGUGAGCUCAGACGACAUCAUGUAUGGUGUGAAUUUAAUUUUGAUGAGCCAGAGAAUUCGAAGAGGCUUCGAAUGGAUUUUAACCAAUUACUACCAUCACAAAGAUUCCUUACUCAAUUACACCUAUAUUGCACUUCGCGAAUGGCGUGACGAUGUGAAUUUGCGAAAUGAGUUUCGAUGUUUUGUACACAAGAAGAAACUGGUUGCCAUUUCUCAGUACGAUCAACACGUUUUCCAUCCACAUGUGUGUGAGCACAAAGAGGAAUAUAUUCAUGCUGUGAAAGAGUUUUUUGAAAAAGAAUUGAGUCGACGUCUGGAAACUCAAUUCGAAUCCUAUGUAUUUGAUGUGAUGGUAUUGCUGAGUGGUGAAAGAGCCGUCAAUAAUGACAUUGACGAUCAAUCUCCUUAUGGUUUAACAACCUCCUCAUUUUGUAAGGUUUUUUUGAUUGAGUUGAAUCCAUACGAUUACCAUAGUUCUGCAUGUCUCUUCAAUUGGAGGACUGAUGCUUCUAUUUUGUAUGGAGAUACCAAUAAUUUGGAAGAGGUGGUCGUGCGAGUGACAACACAACAAGUUCAAAAAUUGGAUCACCUGUGGGAUUAUUUGGAUAUUUUGCAAUAUGUUGUGGAUCGACGAAAACAAGAACAACUGCAACAGCUCUCAACGUUGGGCUUGUGCGUGGCUUCUUUCUUGGGUGGUGUUUUGUUUUGUAAAGUGUUGCUCAAUUCAAGCCAAACGAAAUAG